AUGGCAGAGAAACUGAAGCCGGAGUGCUUGGAGGGAAUCCCUGAAAAAAUGAAGCACUUCUCACAGUUCCUGGGGACACGGCCCUGGUUUGCAGGGGACAAGAUCACCUUUGUGGAUUUCCUCGCUUAUGAUGUCCUUGACCAGCAUCGUAUAUUUGAGCCCAAGUGCCUGGAUGCGUUCCCCAACCUGAAGGACUUCAUGGCCCGUUUCGAGGGCCUGAAGAGGAUCUCUGCCUACAUGAAGUCCGGCCGCUUCAUCCGAGGCCCUCUGUUUGCAAAGAUGGCCAAGUGGAACUACGAAUAGCGCCCUGUGGUGCCAGGGGAUGGGGGGGGGAGCCAGCACCGUGCCUGCUGCCUGGGGCCCUGGAGAACAGCGCGAUUAGACUCCCUUCACACCCCGGUACAAGCCUUUUUGUUUCUUUAUUUUUCUUUCCACUCUUUUCUCCUCCCCAGGGAUUUAUUGGUGCCUUUUCUUCUAACCUGACCUCCCCAGUUACAGGCUGUUUACAGCUUCACCUGCAGACUCUCCUUUCUCAAAGUGCCCCUGCUAAUGUCACCUGUCCCUGUACUAACGCCAAGCUGACCAUCUUUCUCAUCAGUGCUUGUGUCUGCUCUGAGACACUAGAAUGGACCCCGAGUUCCCCAGCACUGCCCUGUAAGGCAGUUCUGCCCCCCAGCUUGGCUCCCGUGGCAGCCCUGUCUAAUGCCCAAUAAAGCCUGAACACUCCUGCUGUGUCUGCUCCCGCUCCCUUCGCUGCCUCGACACGGGGCUGACUGUGUACAAGUUAUGGGUUGUGUUCUUUUGUGUUCUGUUGUCCACAGCAAAGGCUGGGUGGAUGGGGAUGUGUGUGUGUUUGUGGCGUGGAUGGUGAGGCAGGUUAGUAAGGUUUCUUGGUCAUUUCUGUCCCUUAUCCUUAUCCCUCUGUUCCUCACCACGGGGAUUUUUACAGAAGGGCGCUCCUUCUGUGCCUGGAUUCCGCAUGCAUUCAGCAUCUGGAAUGCCUCCUAUGGGCCAGGUAGAACCGUGCGUUGUGGUUCAGAGAAGUGCUCGGCUCCUGGGGUAGGGGCUGAGCAGUCCCCAGGUGGAACAUCUCUCACCGUCUCCUGAAAGUGAAAGACAGGAAUUGAU